AGGAUGCUCGACGACGGCCAGUUCCAGGACGUCGUCAGCUGGGGUGUCGACGGCUCGUCGUUCGUCGUCAAGGACAUGAACCAGUUCACGACGGCCAUCCUGCCGCUCCACUUCAAGCACUCAAACUUUGCGAGCUUCGUCCGUCAGCUCAACAAGUACGACUUCCACAAGGUC